GAUUAAUCUCCGGAGCUGCGCAGUGGGAGUCAGCUGACAGCUGUGACCAACCAGCGGAUGUAACAUCUCAAGUGAGGAGACCCUGAACUGAGAAAAAAAAGCCUCAUAGUGUCUACACUAAGCUGCGGAGAACCGGACCGUCGUUAUCCCCGAAACCCGGUCACUUCUUUCCGCCUCUUGCAGGAUGAGUGUCGGCGCUCCGAGAGGCCUGGCCAGCUCGGGGCAGAAGCCCAUCGCGGAGAUCUUCCAUCCUCUGUCUGCCGCCGAGGAGUCGCUUUCAGUCACCGUUAACGUCGGAGGGGACAAGGAAGCAGGGCUGACCAAUGGCACGCCGGUCGAGACGUCGAGUCCUGCCUCCGCGUCCUCCCUCUUCAACAGGCUGCAGCUGGACGACGACCUGGAGGCAGAUGUCCGGGACCUCUACGCCUCCACGGAAACCCGCGACCUAUUCGUCACAGUCGACGACCCAAAGAAGCAUGUCUCCACCAUGGAGACCUACAUCACCUACAGAGUGUCCACCAAGACAACACGGAUAGAGUUUGACCUCCCUGAGUACUGUGUGCGACGGCGCUACCAGGACUUUGACUGGCUGAGGAUCAAGUUGGAGGACAGUCAGCCGACCCACCUCAUCCCUCCGCUGCCAGAGAAGUUUGUGAUGAAGGGCGUGGUCGAUCGUUUUUCGGAGGAGUUUGUGGAGACGAGGAUGAAAGCUUUGGACAAGUUCCUGAAGCGAGUCGCCGACCACCCCGUCCUCUCCUUCAACCCACAUCUAAACGCUUUCCUGUCUGCAAAGGACCUGAAUAAGCGCCAGGGUCUGGCCUUGCUGACCAAGGUGGGCGAGUCUGUGAAGCAUGUGGCUGGAGGCUACAAGCUACGGGCGCGGCCGGCGGAGUUCUGUGCCAUGGGAGAAUACCUGGACACGUUCAGCCAGAAACUGGGAACCAUCGACCGCAUCGCCCAGCGGAUCCUCAAAGAGCAGUCAGAGUACCUGACAGAGCUGCGUGAGUAUGGCACCGUCUACUCUAGCUGGGCGACGUCUGAGGAGGAGCUGCAGCGUCCCCUGGAGGGUGUGGCUGACUGUGUGACGACGUGCUGCAGAGCACUGGAGGACCAGAGUGAGAACAUGAGCCAGGACUUCCUGCCCGUUCUCAGAGAGUACCUCCUCUACAUAGAGUCCAUGAAGAAUGUUUUGAGGAAGCGGGACCAGAGCCAGGCUGAGUACGAGGGUCGAUUAGAAGCAGCCAUAUUGCGCAGACAGGAGGACAGAACGCCAAUGCCAGUGGAAGUAGAGAAAUGCCAGGACAAAGUGGAGUGUUUCAAUGCAGACCUGAAGGCAGACUGGGAGCGCUGGCAGAGCAACAAGAGACAAGACUUCAAACAGCUCCUCACAGGCAUGGCCGACAAAAACAUCAUGUACUAUGAAAAGUGCCAGGCAGCGUGGGAGUCGCUCAUAACGCUCCUCCAAGACAAACAGACUGAAGACAAAACGAGUGAGACGAACUGAAACAGAGUCCUCAUGCCUCUGCAUCCCCCACCACCCAACACACACACACACACACACACACACACACACACACACACACACACACCUACACCUCUGUAUAACACACUUUCUCAUGCCAAGGAAGAGGACCAACCGGGCAGCAGAUCUGAACUGCUGGACUCUGCCCUUGUUCUCCUGUGAGACGACUCACAGAUCUGACCUGCGAAGGAUUUAACAAAUGGUGCGUUCAAGAACAGCAGGGAAAGAGGAGAGACCUGCUACAUACAGACAUUUUCUCUUUUUUAAUUUUUUUCAUAUCUUCAUAUUUCUAAUUAACUGUCAGUUAUCAGUGUUGCUUGUGUUGAUUUCUGUCUGUUCCCUCCAUGUUCUCAUUUAGCCAAGUGUGAAGAAUAACCCUCGCAAAAAGCAGAUAAAAAUAAUAUUUUGAGUGGGAGUGAAGUAUGAAGCAUUUUGAGAAUCCCCAAGAUUUUUUUUACUGUCAAGUUGUAAAAGCUGCUGAAAAUGUAACCCCAAAACUCUACUGGAACAAGACUCUUAAAGGCAUUGUGUUGUGUGUAAAUUUAAAGGGCCAUACAUGUUAUUUUUGCAUGUUAUUGCCCAUAAAACUAUACUUGCUAUUACUCUU